AUGGGUGGGGACGAUAUCACUAAUGCUCGUGGUUGGUCAAGUCUUCGUGCUAGAGCUGAAGCAAUUCAGAAGAAACAGCGUGCAGGACACGUCGCACCACCUACAACUCCUUACACUCCCCGUACAAUAUCCAAGAGUUGCGAGCCAUCGUCUUCUAUGGAAGUUCCGGACUUCACACCCCUAAAUCGACGAUCUUUUCCUCUGAGGAACCCUGUAUUGUUGCCUCCGCCUGGUGCAUCUACGGCACCUUUCAGUAGUAUACCUGAUGACGUAGUGGAGGAGCCUCGACGGCACAAAGUCCCGUCAACAUUUGAAGAACCUUCUUUGACAAAUUCAGAAAUGAAUACUCUCAGUUAUCUGUCAUUUCUGACUGUCGAGACUUCUUCCCUACCCAAAGCUGGUCUCGGACGUUUCUUCUCUUACAUUCCCAGCUUUUUGAAAACUCCGGCUACUUCCACUCGCAAAGCACAUGACCCCAAACCCGGCCUUCCCCUUCCUCCUGCUGAUAUCAUAGGCAAAUAUCGAGGUCCGAUUGUCACUCCUGCACGUCCGCCAGCUCCGAAGUCCAAACCUCCGAAAGAAUUGGUGAACUUGCAUCACCAACUUGUGCCGGACAAGAAGGAAACAUUGAAGAUACCUAGGAAGGUUCCACAGAGGAUGGUCCAGCUGAACCAGGUUGGAUUGCCUAAAGAACGUCAGGAACCAAUCGUAAGGCCUAGGAGAAGCAGCGGGAGUAGCGUCAAAGAUCUCAUUUGA